AUGCAGUUGUUUCAUCUGUGCGAACGAAGUGCAAUCGAUGAUACAGUGCGUUCAUCGCGCAUGCUUGUCUUACCCUGGACGCCCGGCCGCGGGGAGUGGGUGUUACACAGCCUCUCACAUCUCCCGUGGCAACAAGGAGGAGUGUUCCAAACAUUAGUUGAGAAACAUUUCCCGGCGCCGGAUCGAGAGCGAAUCAACAGGUUGCUGGGUUUGGAGCCAAAGAAAGCACCGCUUAUCACACUACCAGCGGUCACUAAUGGCAAGAAUGGUGUCGAUGAUGAUGCCAACACCUCCAAGAGAAAACUGACGUCACGGCAACAAGCGAACAUGGCGGCCAAGCGUGCUCGUGGCGGCUCAUCCAGCGAUGAAUUCUUCCGUGGGUCAGAAGACGAACUGGAGCUGGAACCAGAUUCGGAUGAAGAGAGACGCGUAUCAGACUCGGAUUUGAGUGACACCAAUCCUUUCCAGUUUAGUGGUAGCGACAAUGACGAUGAACCCUGGGUAAAUCGCAAAAAGAAACAAACGAAAAAGAAAAAAGUAGCAGCGAAGAAGAAAAACACGACGCAAGACAAGAUUGAAACGAUGUUUGAGAAGAAAAACACAACGCCUACAGUCACAGUCAAAACUAACAGUGGCCAGAGUCUGACCGGCACCCCCGUUGGCACCAACGGGUUAUAUCUAGGUCCAUCACGAAAAGUGGCUCCGCCACGUUCAGCAAUAGAGCGAGCUUGCAGUAUGAAAGAGGAAUUAUUAGCCAACAUCGAAAAGCUUGGACGACGUCUACCUCCCAAUACGCUCGAUCAAUUAGUUGACGAAUUGGGCGGCACCGAUAAUGUUGCUGAGAUGACGGGUCGAAAAGGGCGCGUGGUACAAACCGAGGAUGGUCAAAUAGUAUACGAAAGUCGGGCGGAGGCUGACAUACCCCUAGAAACUUUAAAUCUUGCUGAGAAAAAACGGUUUAUGGACGGAGAAAAGGAUGUGGCCAUCAUUUCUGAAGCUGCUUCUAGUGGUAUCUCGUUGCAGAGUGAUAGAAGGGCGAGAAAUCAAAGGAGAAGAGUACAUAUAACGCUAGAAUUACCAUGGUCAGCGGACAGAGCGAUACAACAGUUUGGUCGAACACAUCGAUCGAACCAAGUGAAUGCGCCAGAGUACAUAUUCCUGAUAUCCGACUUGGCCGGUGAGCGUCGAUUCGCAUCGACCGUUGCUAAGCGACUGGAGUCACUCGGUGCGUUGACGCAUGGUGAUCGACGAGCCACGGAAACAAGAGAUCUGAGCCAAUUUAACAUUGACAAUAAAUAUGGUCGCACGGCCCUAGAAGCAGUGAUGAAGGCCAUAAUGAAGUACGAAAGUCCACUGGUGGCGCCGCCUACUGACUACCGCGGGGACUUCUUUCAGGAUCUCGCCUCAGCGCUCGUCGGAGUCGGGCUCAUUGUUAAUAGUGAACACCAGCCUGGGAUGCUGGCCUUGGAUAAGGACUACAACAACAUGUCGAAGUUCCUCAAUAGGAUACUGGGAAUGCCGGUGGAAUUGCAGAAUCGACUCUUCAAGUACUUUACGGACACACUCGCCGCUGUCAUGGAGCAAGCAAAACGCAGCGGUCGUUUCGACAUGGGUAUUUUGGAUCUCGGAAGUGCGAGCGAGUGCGUACGUCGCGUACGUUGUGUUACGUUCCUUAGGAAACACGCGACCGGUACUGCGCCCGUUGAGCUACAUACUGUUCUGUGCGAGCGUGGCAUGGACUGGUUCGAUGCGAUGGAAAAGAACGAAGAAUGUAUGGGAGCAGAGGGAUUCUAUCUAUCGCUACAGGCGAGAAAUGGAAAAUACACGGCUGUGUUAUGCAUUGCUGCUAACUCUAGCAGAGAUAGAAACCUCCCGGAGAAAGACAAGACUUAUCAGCUUUACAGGCCAAAGAAGCCUACAAAUAAAGUGACUAGGAAAUACAAAGAGAGUUCUGAAGAAGCCGAAGCUGCGUGGAAGGCACAACAUAGUGCUUCGCUAAGGGUUUGCUCACACGCUUAUUGGAAGGCCGUCUGCAGAAACGCGGCUGACUGCGAGGUGGGUUUGCGCGUUCGCACAUACCACGUAUUAGCAGGAUCGGUGCUGGCGGUGUGGGCGAGGGUCGAAGCAGCGCUGGCCGCACGCAGCCACCACCACAAGAUGCAGGUCGUCAGACUCAAGACUGACGACGGUCUCAAGAUUGUUGGUACAUUAAUCCCAAAGAACUGUGUCGAGCACUUGAAGGAGACACUCACUUCAGACGCGGUCUCUGUCAAAGAGCAUAAGUUCGACACGGCUGAUAUGAAGUGA